CCCCCGCCGAACCGCCUCAUCGUCACAACCAGAAUGAGAGCCAGCAAUCUGUACCUCCUCAGCCUGCCGCGGUCUGGUUGACAGCCUCUGGUUGCUGAGGGGUUAAACGUCGUGUGAUUGUAGGAAGUGGGUGGUAUUGGAGCCGAGGAUGGAGCGAUGUCUGUGUGGCAAUCUGAGAUCCCUUUGAACCGGAGACGCGGCGGUACAUCGGAGGAGAGCAACCCGGACUGAACGCACCGUUCACCGGAUGACGAGAAAAUCCACGUCCCGGGGAAGUAAAACGAGAACCGAUCGUCCUGUUUGAAUCCUGCCGUAUGGACGCUGCACACUGGCUGCAGAUUGUGUUUGACCGUGCCGUUGUUAGUGCUUAGGUGCUCUAACAUUGUGUGGAUGUGUCUUACUAUCAAGGCUCCUGCGACGAGCAUGAACUCUAAAUAAAUGCAACGAGCAAAUAGACGAAUCUGGACGUGGUUCGACGCUUUAAGAGGACUUCGGGUGUCAGGUGUUUUGUAGGUGAGAGGAUCACUGAGACACAAGAUCCCCCCCCCACCUCCCCCUCCUCCUCAUGCUGACAGAUGACAGAAGCAGAAUUCAAUGUCCAACAAACAGAUUCUAAGGAAUUGUUUUUGUCUUGGAUCGUUGCCUGGAAGUGAGGAGGACCUCUGCAAACUUGUUUGUUCUAUCUAAUCUGUGGUGUGUGAUAACCUUCGGUCUGACCGUCUGGGAUCCUGGCAGAGACUCGUUUCUAUCACUCAGCUGGACUUCAGUUCAUCCCUCUGAUCCCUCCAUGCAGCCUCCCCACCAAAGAGCAGCCCUGACAGUGGUUCUUGUCUGACAGCAUGGAUUGUCUGCUGGGGUGGAACACAGGGGCCACACUGUAUCAUGAACCUUGUUCAUAGGUGGUUGUCUUUUUGACUGUAAACCAACCCCUCGUCUAUGUUUAGCGUUUCUAUUUAUAACAACAAACAUGACGUUACAGCUUUAGUAUAUUUUGUUUUCACCCGAAAAUUGGUGUGGGCCCUCAGCGAAGUGUGCAGCUGUGAUGGUAUAUCGUGAACCGUGCUGGUCGGCUGGAAGCAACGCGAGACUUGGAACUCUACGUUAAGAACUCAAAACAAGGAGACCCGCCACAGGUGUAACCCGGGCACGCGCCAUGGAUGAUUCUGGUAUCAUCAGAAGACGAAGAUUGCAGAAGGAUUUACCACUGCCCCGAAAAAGUAGCAGUUGCAGAACCAGUAACCGGAAGAGCCUCAUCCUGACCAGUACUUCCCCCACCCUGCCGAGGCCGCACUCUCCGUUACCCGGACACAUAGGAAGCAGUCCACUGGACAGCCCUCGCAACUUCUCACCAAGCGGACCUGCCCACUUCUCAUUUGCCUCAUCUCGAAGGGCUGAUGGGCGUAGAUGGUCUUUGGCAUCUCUGCCUUCCUCAGGAUAUGGCACCAAUACACCCAGCUCAACGUCAUCCAGUUCCUCUCAGGAGCGUCUGCACCAGCUGCCCUUUCAACCAACCAUGGAUGAGCUGCACUUCCUGUCCAAGCACUUUGGCAGCACAGAGAGCAUCACAGACGAUGACGGGCGGCGUUCGCCACACGUGCGACCUCGCUCCAGAAGCCUCAGCCCAGGGCGCUCUCCAUCCUGCUAUGACAAUGAAAUUGUGAUGAUGAACCAUGUCUACAAGGAACGCUUCCCCAAGGCCACGGCUCAGAUGGAGGAGAGGUUGGCAGAGUUCGUCCAGAACUACUCUCCAGAGAAUGUGCUGCCGCUGGCCGACGGGGUCCUCAGUUUCAUCCACCACCAGGUCGCCGAGAUGUCCAGAGACUGCCUGACCAAAUCACACGAGGGGCUGAUUACAAGCGUUUACUUCCGAGAGCUGCAGGAGAAUCUGGAGAAGCUGUUGCACGAUGCUUAUGAGCGCUCAGAGAGUUCAGAGCUCACCUUUGUCACUGAGCUUGUCAAAAAGCUCUUCAUCAUCAUAUCUCGUCCUGCAAGGCUGCUGGAGUGUUUGGAGUUCAAUCCAGAAGAGUUUUACCAUCUGCUGGAGGCUGCAGAGGAUCACGCCAAAGAGGGACAACUGAUGAAAGCUGACAUCCCCAGAUAUAUCAUCAGUCAACUGGGACUGACCCGAGAUCCUCUAGAAGAAAUUGUGAGCCUUGACAGCUAUGACAGUGAGGGUCCACACACUCCAGAGACGGAUGACUCAGCAGAGGGAAAAGGCAAAUCCAUCAAGCCACCCUGUGAGGAAGACUUUCAGACCAUCAAACUGAUAAGCAAUGGAGCUUAUGGUGCCGUCUACCUGGUGCGGCACAGAGAGACACGUCAGCGAUUUGCCAUGAAGAAGAUCAACAAGCAGAAUCUGAUACUAAGGAACCAGAUCCAGCAAGCAUUUGUGGAGAGGGACAUCCUCACCUUCGCAGAGAACCCCUUCGUUGUGUCCAUGUUCUGUUCCUUCGAAACGCGCCGCCAUCUCUGCAUGGUCAUGGAGUACGUGGAAGGAGGUGACUGUGCCACUUUGCUGAAGAACAUCGGCGCUCUGCCUGUAGAGCUAGCGAGGAUGUACUUUGCUGAAACCGUUUUGGCCUUGGAGUAUCUGCAUAAUUAUGGUAUUGUUCACAGAGACCUGAAACCUGACAAUCUAUUGAUCACUUCCAUGGGGCACAUAAAGCUGACAGACUUUGGUUUGUCAAAGAUGGGUCUAAUGAGCCUCACCACCAACCUGUAUGAAGGACACAUCGAGAAAGACGCUCGGGAAUUCCUUGACAAACAGGUCUGUGGGACUCCUGAGUACAUCGCUCCUGAGGUGAUUCUCCGUCAAGGUUAUGGGAAACCUGUGGAUUGGUGGGCCAUGGGCAUCAUCCUCUACGAGUUCUUGGUGGGAUGUGUGCCUUUCUUUGGAGACACUCCUGAAGAGCUGUUUGGACAGGUCAUCACUGACGACAUAGUUUGGCCAGAUGGUGACGACGCUUUGCCUGCAGACGCUCAGGCCCUCAUCUCUGCUCUGUUACAGACUAACCCUCUUUUAAGGCUGGGCACAGGUGGAGCAUUUGAGGUGAAGCAACACGCUUUUUUCUCUGCGCUGGACUGGAACAGUUUGUUGAGACAGAAAGCAGAGUUUGUCCCCCACCUGGAGUCUGAGGAAGACACCAGCUACUUUGAUACCCGUUCAGAUCGUUACCACCACAUCAACACGUACGAUGAGGAUGACACCAAUGAUGAUGAGCCUGUGGAGAUCAGACAGUUCUCCUCUUGUUCUCCUCGCUUCAGUAAGGUGUACAGCAGCAUGGAGCAUCUUUCCCAGCUGGAGCAGAAAGCUACAACCUCUGUGUCCCGUCGAGAACACAGGAGCCCACGAGAGGACAAGGUGGCAAAAAGAGAGAGCCUGGGCAGCUUCGGCAUGAGGGAGAAGAGCUGGAGGACUGGAUCUCCUGAGAUGAAGCGGCUGUCUUGUUCUGAGUCUCUGUACAUGGAAGGAGACGCGAGCCCUCCUCUUGGCGCCAGGCGACGCUUCUCAGCUUUGAUGGACACCCAUCGCUUUGCCUCACCCUUCGAAGGAGAGUCCGACUCCCUGACCCGUCAGAACCUCAUGAAGUUCCGAGGAACGUCGCUGGAUGGCACCACUGUCCCUUCGCCAAGCCUCCUGGAACACAGGCCCAUUGUGAGGGAGAUAAAUGGAGCAGACAAAUCAUCUAGACUCGGAGAGAGCGCCAGCAUAAGCUCAGCCGUCAUGACAUUAUCCCCCGGUCCUGCCGCACCCGGCCGGGAUGUGAUCACUCCUCUGUAUGACCCUCUGGGGCCCAGAGCCGCAAAUGACCUGGUCCUCCGCCGGGCACGCCACCACCAUUUAUCUGGCGAUGGAGAGAAACGGAACUCCAGACAAGGAAACAAGGUUAUCAAGUCAGCGUCUGCCACAGCUCUGUCUGUUAUCAUCCCAUCAGUGGAGCAACACGGUGGCUUCUCUCCGCUGGCCAGCCCCAUGUCACCUCACUCUUUCUCCUCCAACCCCUCAUCGCGUGACUCCUCACCCAGCAGAGACUUCUUUCCUGCAGUCAGUGUUCUGCGCUCCCCGAUCACAAUCCAUCGCUCUGGAAAGAAAUACGGCUUUACCCUAAGGGCUAUCAGGGUCUACAUUGGCGACAGUGACAUCUACAGUGUCCAUCACAUGGUUUGGCAUGUUGAAGAUGGAGGCCCCGCUCAGGAAGCCGGUCUUUGUGCAGGUGACCUAAUAACCCAUGUCAAUGGUGAGCCGGUCCACGGUUUGGUCCACACCGAAGUGGUAGAGCUCAUCCUCAAGAGUGGGAACAAGGUGACUGUGACAACCACGCCUUUUGAGAACACCUCCAUUAAAGUGGGCCCUGCCCGCAAAGCCAGCUACAAGUGUAAGAUGGCUCGACGAAACAAGAGGACAGCUGGGAAGGAAAGCCAGGACAGCAAGAAGCGCAACUCCUUGUUCCGUAAGAUCACAAAGCAGUCCAAUCUCCUCCACACCAGCCGCAGCCUGUCCUCUCUGAAUCGCUCGUUAUCCUCCAGUGAAAGUCUUCCUGGCUCCCCAACUCACAGCCUCUCUGCCCGGUCCCCAACUCAGGUCCACCGCUCAACCCCGGAGCCCUCCUACCUCGGUGCUUCCUCCCAGAGCAGCUCUCCUGCCUCCAGCACUCCGAACUCACCCUCUCCUUCUCAGCACAUGCGGCCCAGCUCCUUGCAUGGCCUGUCCCCAAAACUUCACCGCCAGUAUCGCUCUGCCCGAUGCAAGUCUGCUGGAAAUAUCCCGCUGUCCCCUCUGGCACACACACCCUCCCCGACUCAGUCUUCCCCUCCUGCGAUGCCAGGCCACACAAUAGGGAGUUCUAACACAACACAGUCGUUUCCUGCAAAGCUCCACUCCUCGCCACCGGUGGUCCGGCCCAGGCCAAAGAGCGCCGAGCCCCCGCGGUCACCUCUUCUCAAGCGGGUGCAAUCAGCAGAGAAGCUCGGCUCACCUCUGACCCAGUCCAGUUCUACCGGAGGUCUUGGAGGUCCGUUGAGGAAGCACAGCCUGGAGGUGCAGCACUCUGAGUACCGCAAAGAUGCCUUCCUCUGUGAGCUGGGGCUCCAGAGCCUGCUGGAGACGGAAGGAGAAAAUCUGCCUCCUAAUGCGCCUCUUCUGCCCAUGUCCUCCACCACCCCAGAGACUGGUGUGCUGAAGCCUGUGAGGAGACUCGGGAGACAGGAGUCGCCACUCAGCAGGGAGACUCUGCUGGCCGGAAGGGAGAGGGAAGAGAGAGAGCGAGAAAGAGGAAGGGACAGGGAGAAAGACAGAGAGGUAAACCAAGCAGGUCUGCCAGCGUCACAGUCAUCUUUGGCAAGGAAAUCUCAUGCAAGCGAUUUUAACAUGAAUGCCAAACAAAGUGAAGAAACCAGUAGACUCGUAACUCCUGCCUCUCCUAUUAAGACUACAAGCACACCUCCAAUGCAGGUAGAAGCUAGAAACAGCAAAGAUCUCCAGCUCAAGCAACAAGGAGGAAAACCCGAGCCAAAGCAAGAUGGGGAGAACAAAAAUCGGUCCUGUUUGCCAACUGCUGCCUUCAACAAGAGCUCAUCUGCUCCGGAUAAAUCCGGCAGAAUCAACACAGUCGUGACAGGAGCCUCUCUGAGCAUAAAUAAGACUUUUAAAUCAUCAGGAAUGGGGAACGGUCAACGGAAGUCUGACGGCAACGAUUCAAGAACUGCUGAGCUCGGCUCCAAAAGCCCCAAAUUGGCAGCUCGGGUCCUGGCUCCCGUCGUUCCCUCGCACGGGCAGCCUCUCUCGCUGGGCAAAGUGCGGCAGGGCUUGGGCCCUGUUAAUUGUUACAGGGGUACUCUCGACUGGGAGGACAAAUGUCGCCUGGAGGUGGUGGAGGAGCAUUCCCCCUCUCCCUCCCCCUCCCCAACAGCUGUCACCCCCUCCCUCUGUGGACCUUCGCUGUGUAAGUCGCGGCCCGUCUCCCCCGGAGAUAAGACGAGCUUCGUCAGCCAGCUCACCACCGUGGCCAAAAACGUCCUCGGACCAAUCAAGCUAGGCUCUAUGGAGGGGACUAGGAAUAAAGAGCAGCAGAGCAGGGCGUCAGAGGAGAAGCUGGGACCUGCCGCCGGGAGGUCCGACACUCCUGCAGGAGCGCGAACGCUUCUGGGCGCCGCGGUGGUGACUCAAAGUCCUGGCAGUUCUCUGCUUGAAAAGUCAGCACCACCUGGGAACCUGCCAAAAAUGUGACCCCCUGGAUCAUUACAUCAGACUUUAGUAGAAAAUAGUAAAAAUGAUAAUGUCUUUUUGUUUUGGAGGGACAAAAAAAAAAAAAACAGAAAACAGGCACUUAAAGAUGUACAUUCCAGUUUCAUAGUAUAUAAAGUCUUAUUUAUUGAUUGAAUCCUUGAAUAAAUCUAAUGUAAAAGCAGUAAGAAAAAAUAGCUGUAAAGGUGCAUUAACUGUUGGUUUUCUAUGAUGCAUAAUUUAUUAAAACACAUAGUCAUGUAAAGUGAAACACUUUAUCAGAUAUAUAUGUGUGAGUCAAUGUGAAUGCAUGUUAUAUUCUAUAUACGUACUGUAUGUGCAUAAUAGGUACAAGAGGGUCAAAAAGUGCUUUACUGAUCAAAACAUGCUGAAUACUGUGAAUACCAAAUUCUGUAACUCUUUUUCAACUAGACAAUUCAGAUUUUUUUUUUUUUACUGCUGUUCAAAAUGGAAGAGUGAAUAAGUCAAGUUGUAAUAUUUGCAUUAAGCAGCACAGCAUCGGUUUGGCUUCUCUAUAAAAGCAUCAACAUGAUUAGGCAUGUUUAUUCAUCAUGCAGCAGUUUACUUUCUCUGAGCAGUUAGACGAAUCCACAGCAACCCUCUCUGUCAGUGGAUGUUACAGUAGGACCUGUCUAACUCCCAGUCUGUCAGAGGAUUGUCUCCGAGUGUGUGUUUAUCCUCCUCCUAUGGUUCCUAUCAACUCUUGAAGGCUGCAGAGGAGAAAAGGAGCGACUGAACUUGGGCUCAGUGCUUAUCUCGUCCUUGCAGGAAGGCCACACCGGCCUUUCUUCUCCCUCCGCCUCCCAGUGCUGCAAUGGGCAGGAGCACAAACACCCAAAAACAUUUGCAUUGCCACAGGAGACAGCUCUGUCAGCAGCUGAUUUUGAUACUUUUUAAUCCAUACUCUUUUUGUGGUCUGUGAAGCAGGACAUAAGUGUGCUUGGGAGUGUGAUUUGGAAAGGUCCAAACACGUGUAUGUGUGUGUUAUGUUCGUUAAAGUAACAUGACAGAAAGCAGCCUGGAAAUUUGUAGUUAGGAUCCAGGGAUACCAGUGGGAUUAUAAGGCUCUAAUCGACUUAUCGCACUCACACUCUGCAAGUUAAUUUUACUGUAGGAGCAUAAAACAGAGUAGAAUACAUAUAUGUCAUCAGCACAUAUAUACUAAACUCAAGAGUUUUCAGCCAGUCAGUUACUGAUGUAGCUUAAAAUAAUUUGCUGAAGAGCUCCGUGACUAAAAUAGAGGUUGUUCGUAUAGACCUAAAAAUAUCUUGAAUCAAUUUAAAAAUGGUCCCGUGUUAAAAUCAAAGGGGAUGUUUAAUGUAACACGUUGAUAAAGACUACAUCAAAGCUCAGAUAAUAUUUCGCAGGACGCAAAAUUGAUCUGACAGUGAUAGCAACCGUAUUCAUAUUCAUUGAACACAUUUUGCUGUGUUAAAAGAACCUUAUUGUAUUUUUUCUUUGAAUGGAUGGAAUGUGAUAGACCAACACAAACUAACAAAUAUUUAGACAUAAGAAAUUACAUGAUUUUUAACAUAUUUUAAAUCAGUGAAUUAUGUUACUUAUAUCCAUCUCCAAUGAGUCAAUAGUUUGCAGAGCAAUUACAGCUGCGUGUCUUUUGGGGACACGUCUCACCCAACUUUCCAGUGUGUAUUUUAGCUCCUUUUUAUUUUCAUAAUAGCACAAACCGACAAACUGGGUGGAGAUCAUUUGAAACUAAAUUUUUCAGUGCAGCAACAUACUUCAGUUGGGUUUCAUGUCUGGACUUUGGCUAGACCAUCCUAAUAAAUGAAUACUCUUGGAACACUCAGCAACCAAGAGUAGAGAAGGGCUGGAAGACACACCAGACAAGGUACCACCUGACAGUGGUGCAUCGCAAACCUGCAGCAACCCCCAGGCCAAAGAGGCACAGGUAGAGAUGUAGGAAACCAAACCCGUCAACGCAGCUGUUUGUUCUCUAAUGCUCUCUUUGACUCUUCAAGGCAGUUUGUUGCACCAGAAUAGGAAUGCACAGCACACUUAUUAGAUUGUUACUGGUAAAAGUGUGAAUGUAUAAUUUUCCUUCCAACUCACAAUUCUUUACUUGUUUGUGUUGGUCUAUCCCAAUGGUCAAGUCCCAAUAUGAUGUAGUUUAUAAAUCUAACAUUGCAAAACGUGCAUAACUUCAAAGGGUAUAACUACUUUUGCAACGCGCUGUAUUUUCAGUUUUUUCCUUAUAUCUUUACCUGUUUUAAGCACACACCUGUCCAUUGUAUGUAAAUGUAUGCAAUUUGUCUUUGAUUUAUUUUGAUUAACUUAUGCAAAAAUGCAACAUAAAGUUAGCCAAGAGCAGCAUAUCAAUUUGUCAGUAAGACAGCGUUUAAAAGCUGAAAUAUAUGUUUGAAUUUGUACUUGAACUAUAAUUUUUUAGGACUUGGUUGGAAACUGAUUUUAUUGAAUUAGACUCUCUUACUAUCCAAAUUGAGAUUAAGUCUACAGAAAGCUACAGCAAAGUGAAAACCCGAUUCCUCUUAAAUGCAGUGGUAUCACCUCUAUUAUUCACAUGAAAGCAUAUACAUUAUGUAGUAGAUGCUUUGGAGUCUAAAGGAUUUUUUUUUACAUUCAUGUAGUUCUCUACUGCCCUCUACAGGUUCCUAGUGACGACUGUUUAACAUGUUUAAUAUUCUAACACACUUGAGAUCGGUGAUUUAUUGGGGGAUGUUACAAACCAUAGUGUUAUAAAUAUGCAUUCAUGUUUCUGAACUAUUACCUGAACACUUGGAACAAAAAUUAUUUUCCCUGGUGUUUUCCUACUUGUGACUGUUAAUUUUAUAUCUGGAUUCCAUUUUUGAAUAUAAUGUAUGCAUAAUUCUGACAGGAAAGACGACUUCUUAUAUCUUAGUGUAACAAUGAAAAUGUCACAAAUAAUUAAUGUGAUAAAGAAAUAAUCUUUUUUUUUUUCAUAUUUAGGCCUUAGCCCAAUCAGUUGAGUCAAAAAAUACCCCUUUUUUUUAGUAUUUUUGGAUUGAUGGCGAGAACAUCAUCCAAGCACUUUAUUUGACAGAAGAAUAUCUUUGUUUUUAGCAUUGCUUCAAAAUUACCUGAUGCUAACAGAUAUAGAUGGUAAAAAUGAUCACAGUAAUCCAACUAUAAACAUUCCACUCCUCUCUGUUCACUCUGUGUAUUUAGUUGUUCCACUGGGGUAUUUUUGUUUGUGAUAGAUGCAGACACCUGAAGUGCAGUAUGUGGAAUAAAGUAAAGAAAUUUGUUCUCAAACUUUA